GCCGCUACGGGCGGGAGUAUGUGCGGAGCAUCUACGUCGCAGCUUGAAAUCCAGGCGCGCUCCCUGGUCUCCAGCUAGAUGAUUUCCCCCCCUCUUCCUGCACAGCGCUGAAGCAAGUGGCUGCCCCGCAAGCUGACACGGUUGCUCCUGCCUUCGUUGCGCUUUAGCACAGCCCCUCCUUGGACGAGACAGCGGCCAGCACUCCGUUUGCUUGCAAGUGGCCAAUGGGAGGGUAGUUACCUACUCGUGGGACCGGCUGGCCUCGCAGGCCGCGCUGCCCCAGCGGAGCUCUCUGCGCAGAAGGUCAGGAGUGAUUUGCUUGUUUGUGCCAUCUGCUAAUAAGCGGCUCUGCUUUCCAAAGCCACACCACGUCCUGAGAUGAUGCAGGGACCAGCAUUAAAGUUGGGGAUCACAAAACUGGGGAUCACAAAACAAAAACAAAACAAGAUUUCAUCAUUAGAAGCCUGGAAUUCCUUUUACUGUUAUUAACCAGGUCCCCAAAGCGAAGGAAAAAAAUCUGAAAUGCAGAAAGGCUUAUUUGCAGUCACAAAUGGGAAUCUGGAAUAACUAUGAAAAGCACACUGAAAUAAUUGUGUUUGACUGGAACAAAAUUCUUGCAAAGUCCCCAAGGAUGAGAUUCUGUGCCAAAUCAAUGCUUCUAUCUGACUGGCUCUUUCUGGUCUAUGUGUUAAUGGUCUGCUGUAAAUUGUUGUCUGCCUCUAGCCACCAGCCCCGGGGGCACACAGAACAGCAUCAAGUCAAGCAAGGGACGUGUGAAGUUGUGGCAGUGCAUCGUUGCUGCAAUAAGAACCGGAUUGAAGAACGGUCACAAACGGUCAAGUGCUCCUGCUUCCCAGGGCAGGUGGCUGGUACAACAAGGGCUCAGCCGUCUUGCGUGGAAGCUUCCAUUGUCCUACAGAAGUGGUGGUGUCAUAUGAACCCAUGUUUGGAUGGAGAGGACUGUAAAGUACUGCCAGACUAUUCAGGUUGGUCUUGCAGCAGUGGAAAUAAAGUCAAAACCACAAAGGUAACACGGUAGCAAAAAAUAAACCUGUGGGUCAUUACUGGAACAAUGGCAUGUGCAACCAUGUUACUUCACUGUUACACAGAGACCCUUUUUUUGUGACAAUGACAUAGACUUAACUCUUUGAACUUGCAAAAUUAGUGCGCAAAAAGGACAAUACUUCUAUGUUCAACUGUGAUUGUAGUUCUUGAACCUAGAUUUUGCUAUACAGAAUGAUACAUGUUUAAUUUCACAAAGAAAAGCAAUGAGAUUUGUUUCUUCCUGAAAUGCACAUUGGAUUCCAGGUUCUGACACCUGGCAACAGUUCUUGAAAAUACACAGCUGGACUUCUGUGGUGCGUCAGGGAUAAGACUUUCUUUAUGAUGCUAAGAACUGUAAAAUUGCUUUAAAUGAUUUUAUAUCAUUGAAGUAAGCUAGGGGGUCAUAGAAAGAUAAUGAUUAUGUUACAACCAGUAUGGAUUUGUUUGAAGUACUUCUCACUUUACAAUACAAUCUAGUAAUAUAAAGCUGAUCCUGAUGCUAAGUGGGUCAAUGGAAUAGUGUUAGUAAAUGAUGUCAGUGUAUUUUCAACUGUGAUUUAGUAAAUCAAGAUUGAAUGAAGAUGAAAGGAUGGCACUUAUAAAUUAGUAAUAAUAAUUGUAAGGCAUAUUUUGUUUAUAUCUGUGCAAUUAUAUUUAUUUCAUAGAUAGUUCUAGGUAUUUUAGCUUUUACAUUCAUAAGUGAUGGCAGGGAAGCAUAAAGAAGAGACAAAAUUUGAAAGUAGACAUAGUUUUUCUUGUUCUAAAAUAAAUCCAUUCUCUAGGGGAAUAGCAAAGUAUACAUAUUCCUUGCCUCUUUGAAUCUAGAUAUGGAAAAGAAUUUAGCCAUUAGCUAGAAAUAUUCAUUGAGAUGCCUCAAAAAAAGAGAGCAUGCUUAUAUUGCAUAAGGAAGGCUUGCUGGAAGAGGGGGUAAUUUGUUUGGAUUUUCAUAGCUUUAGUUAUAUCCUAAUAGGUAACAUACUUAAAAUUCGUGAGCAGAAUCCUAGAUAAAAACGAACCUUCAGUUUCAAUUAGUUCUUGUUUAGAAUGAUUAUAAUAAUUAAAUGUCCAGUUCCUUGACAGACUGAAUUUCUAAGUGGUUACACUUUGUGACACAUAAUUGUUCCAUAUUAUUGUACAUAUGUUUCAUACUGUUUUUCUUAUUUUCCUGUUACAGUUUUUUGUCAUUAGGCUUCAUAAAUAGCAGAGGUGAAGCCAUAGCCAGUCUGUUCCCACUUCCAUCAUUUUUUGACUUAAGAUGCAUUGAAACAAACUAAUAUGCAAUGAUGCAGAUAGAUAUCAUGCAGAUGAACUGCUGCUAACCCAGCUACUGAAUUCAUUGUUAUGCUUCAUGUAAAUAUGAGGGUAAAAAUAUACAACCAAUUUUUAUAUACCAAAAAUGCCAAAAAUAUUGAGUGUGUGUUGUACUAAUUUAGGUCUUUGUGCACAAGCUUUCUAGUUUAUGGGAAAGAUACCGUCAGCAAUGUGAAGCUAUUCAGAGUAAUAAUUGUUAGUUUUUGAUUUGCUGGAGUGAGUGGGAGUAUUCAUCCAGUUAAUUUCAUUGAAGUCAGUGGUGGGAAGGUCUGGCCUGUGUUUUGUUUUUGAUUUCUCUGGUUUAGUUCAUUUUCAAUUAUGUAUUUGAUUACAGCUGGGAUCGUAGUGGUCAUUGUACUUGGUGAUAAGUAAACAAGAAAUUUUCUGCUCUGUAUUUGGACAGCUGAACAGUUAUUCUACCUAAUAGACUCGGCUUGCCCUAAUUAACUCUACAUUCCCAGUAUUUUUCCAUUGUUUUGAUUUUCUAAUUAAAUUUUAAAAUUACCUUAAA